UUAUACCAGUACAGUUUUUUCAUUUAAGGCUAACUUCCUUCCAGUUGCUACCUGCUUUUGAUUACUCUGUUGACUUAACAUUUGUUUUUGUAUUUUGUCCAGAAUGUAUAAUUGUUAUGUGUGGCAAGUUAAUUUUAAUAUAUGUUAAAUUGUCAUUAUCUGAAGCAGAACACUGAAGCAUUAUGUUAGUUGAAACAAUUAAAACAAAGUAUAUUCAGGUAAUAGUUUAGGAAAUUAUGAAACAUCUGCUAAAUGGAAUUACAAAAAAUAUAUGACAUUAAAAAUUUGAAGACUAUCAGAAUAUGAUUUUGGCAAAUUUAAAUAAUACUCUGGUUUGAUUAUAGCUGUGUUAAAAAUUAGAUAUGUUCAUGAAUACAUACUGGAGAGAAUAUGGGAAAAAAGAAAAGAGUUUAUUGGUUGUAGUGGUAGAAUUUGGGGGAAGUUUUCAAAAAUAUUCCAUUAACACUGGUAUAAAACUAUGAUGUGUUUAUUAUACACACAUAUAUGUAUAGAAAUGUGUGUAUAUUAUACAUAUAUACACAUACACAUUUAUGUAUACAGUUUAUAUGUAUACAUAUAGUUUAUGUAUACACCCAUGUAGUAAAAGACUCCUGGACAGUAUAGUUGAGCUCUUGUGGCAGGAUUUUCACCCCACACUCCGGACAUAAACUGUUGAUAAGAUAUAUACAGAAAGGUUAUUUACAUAUAUAAAAGCUUCAAGUCAAGAAAGAGAAAUUAAAUUCAUAGGUGCUAGUAACAAGGAGUCAGGGGAGCUUACUUAAGAAAAGUGGUAAGCAGGAACUAAUUCCUAAAUGGCCCAUAGUGGUUUUCAUGUCCUCAUACAGACCUUAAAUGCUGGGGAUUGAUGUCUUAAUGUUCAUAGGAAAGUCUAGGCCACAUACUCUGUGCUCUCACAAGGUAGUUGGAACUGAUCAACUAAAGCAUAGAACCUGAAGAGAGAUUUUUUCCUAUGAAAUGGGACUAAAAAAGGGAGCCCACAGACAGACCCAGGAAGUUUCAGAUUUUAUUGAACUCCUUACGUGUACCAGAUGAUAACACAGCAAUGAGCAAAACAGACAAAGCUUGCUAUCAUGAAGUUUCAAUUCUAGUCAAGGAAGAUAGCUGCAAAACUGUACAAUCUAAAGUGGACUGCAUUUUGCAAGAAGUUGAGAAGUUUACAGACCUAGAGAAACUCUACCUCUACCUUCAGCUGCCUUCUGGUCUCAGCAAUGGAGAGAAAAGUGAUCAGAAUGCCAUGUCAUCUAGUCGGGCACAACAAAUGCAUGCCUUUUCCUGGAUUCGGAAUACCCUAGAGGAACAUCCGGAGACUUCACUGCCCAAACAGGAAGUCUAUGAUGAGUACAAGAGCUAUUGUGACAAUCUUGGUUACCAUCCAUUAAGUGCUGCUGAUUUUGGAAAGAUCAUGAAAAACGUCUUUCCAAACAUGAAGGCACGUCGUUUGGGCACAAGAGGCAAAUCUAAAUAUUGCUACAGUGGACUGAGAAAAAAAGCUUUUGUUCAUAUGCCAACACUGCCCAACCUUGACUUUCACAAAACUGGAGAUGGGUUGGAAGGAGCUGAACCUUCUGGGCAGCUUCAAAAUAUUGAUGAAGAAGUUAUCUCUUCUGCUUGCCGUCUUGUGUGUGAGUGGGCCCAGAAAGUGUUAAGCCAACCAUUUGACACUGUCUUGGAAUUAGCCCGCUUCCUUGUAAAAAGUCACUAUAUAGGCACCAAGUCAAUGGCAGCUCUAACUGUAAUGGCAGCAGCACCAGCAGGAAUUAAAGGAAUUACCCAGCCUUCUGCUUUUAUACCGACAGCUGAAAGUAAUUCCUUUCAGCCUCAGGUGAAGACUUUGCCAUCUCCAAUUGAUGCUAAACAGCAGUUGCAACGGAAAAUCCAGAAGAAGCAGCAAGAACAGAAACUACAAUCCCCUUUGCCAGGAGAAUCCGCAGCAAAAAAAUCAGAAAGUGCUACAAGCAAUGGAGUAACGAAUCUUCCUAAUGGAAAUCCUUCAAUCCUUUCUCCUCAACCUAUUGGUAUCGUUGUGGCAGCUGUCCCUAGUCCCAUUCCGGUCCAACGGACUAGGCAAUUGGUAACUUCACCAAGUCCAAUGAGUUCUUCUGACGGCAAAGUUCUUCCCCUCAAUGUACAGGUGGUCACUCAGCACAUGCAGUCUGUGAAACAGGCACCAAAGACUCCCCAGAACGUUCCAGCCAGUCCUGGUGGGGAUCGUUCUGCCCGGCACCGUUACCCUCAGAUCUUACCCAAACCAGCCAACACCAGUGCACUCACAAUUCGCUCUCCAACUACUGUCCUCUUUACUAGUAGUCCCAUCAAAACUGCUGUUGUACCCGCUUCACACAUGAGUUCUCUAAAUGUGGUGAAAAUGACAACAAUAUCCCUCACACCCAGCAACAGUAACACCCCUCUUAAACAUUCUGCCUCAGUCAGCAGUGCUACAGGAACGACAGAAGAAUCAAGAAGUGUUCCACAGAUCAAGAAUGGUUCUGUUGUGUCACUUCAGUCUCCUGGGUCCAGAACCAGCAGUGCGGGGGGAACAUCUGCUGUGGAAGUCAAAGUGGAACCCGAAACAUCAUCAGAUGAGCAUCCUGUACAGUGCCAAGAGAACUCUGAUGAGGCUAAAGCUCCCCAAACACCUAGUGCCCUUUUGGGGCAGAAAAGUAAUACAGACGGAGUACUGCAGAAACCUUCAAAUGAAGGUGUCAUUGAAAUAAAAGCAACUAAGAUCUGUGACCAGAGGACCAAAUGUAAAAGUCGCUGUAAUGAAAUUCUGCCAGGCACGUCAACAGGCAAUAAUCAGAGCACUAUCACUGUAUCAGUUGCUUCUCAGAAUUUAACUUUCACCAGCACCAGUUCACCAUCUAAUGGUGACUCAAUCAAUAAAGACCCUAAAUUAUGCACUAAAAGUCCAAGAAAACGACUGUCUUCUACAUUGCAAGAGACCCAGGUGCCUCCUGUAAAGAAACCAAUUGUGGAACAGCUUUCAGCAGCUACCAUAGAAGGGCAGAAACAAGGCAGUGUUAAGAAGGACCAAAAGGUUCCACAUUCAGGGAAAACAGAAGGUUCAACAGCAGGUGCUCAGAUUCCUAGCAAGGUAUCAGUAAAUGUCAGUUCACACAUAGGAGCAAAUCAACCCUUGAAUUCUUCUACCCUUGUUAUCAGUGAUUCAGCUUUGGAACAGCAAACAACCCCGUCAUCAUCUCCAGAUAUAAAAGUAAAACUUGAAGGAAGUGUCUUUCUCUUGGACAGUGAUUCAAAGUCAGUUGGCAGCUUUAAUCCAAAUGGAUGGCAACAAAUCACUAAGGAUUCUGAGUUGAUAUCUGCCAGCUGUGAACAACAGCAAGCUAUCAGUGUUAUGACAAUUCCUGAGCACUCUGAUAUCAAUGACUUAGAGAAGUCCGUGUGGGAAUUAGAAGGAAUGCCACACGACACAUAUAGCCAGCAGCUACAUAGCCAGAUACAGGAAUCUUCUUUAAAUCAAAUACAAGCACAUUCUUCAGAUCACUUACCUCUGCAAUCUGAACUGAAGGAGUUUGAACCUUCUGUUUCCCAGACAAAUGAAAGCUACUUUCCUUUUGAUGAUGAACUUACACAAGAUAGUAUUGUGGAAGAGCUGGUGCUUAUGGAGCAGCAAAUGUCAAUGAACAAUUCUCAUUCUUACGGCAACUGUUUGGGAAUGACCCUUCAGAGUCAGUCAGUAACUCCAGGAGCUCCAAUGUCAUCUCACACCUCCAGCACCCACUUCUAUCAUCCAAUCCACAGCAAUGGUACUCCAAUCCAUACACCCACACCUACACCCACACCCACUCCUACUCCAACCCCAACCCCAACCCCAACAUCUGAAAUGAUUGCUGGAUCUCAGAGUCUAUCACGGGAGAGCCCUUGCUCCAGGCUAGCCCAGACUACACCUGUGGAUAGUGCUUUAGGAAGUAGCCGACAUACACCCAUUGGUACUCCACAUUCUAACUGCAGCAGUAGUGUUCCCCCCAGCCCUGUUGAAUGCAGGAAUCCAUUUGCAUUUACUCCAAUAAGCUCCAGUAUGGCAUAUCAUGAUGCCAGCAUUGUCUCAAGUAGUCCUGUGAAACCGAUGCAAAGACCCAUGGCCACACACCCUGACAAAACCAAGCUUGAAUGGAUGAAUAAUGGGUAUAGUGGGGUUGGUAAUUCAUCAGUUUCUGGCCAUGGUAUUCUCCCAAGCUAUCAGGAACUAGUGGAAGACCGUUUCAGGAAACCUCAUGCUUUUGCUGUGCCUGGACAGUCUUACCAGUCUCAAUCCAGACAUCAUGACACUCAUUUUGGUCGUUUGACUCCUGUCUCUCCUGUGCAGCAUCAGGGUGCCACUGUAAAUAACACCAACAAACAGGAGGGUUUUGCAGUCCCUGCCCCUCUGGAUAAUAAGGGAACUAAUUCAUCUGCCAGCAGCAACUUCAGAUGCCGGAGUGUGAGCCCUGCUGUUCAUCGCCAACGUAAUCUUAGUGGAAGCACCCUCUAUCCAGUAUCUAAUAUCCCACGAUCUAAUGUGACCCCCUUUGGAAGUCCAGUUACCCCAGAAGUUGUUUUCACAAAUGUUCACACAGAUGCAUGUGCCAACAACAUAGCUCAAAGAAGCCAGUCAGUUCCAUUGACAGUCAUGAUGCAGACAGCCUUCCCAAACGCUCUUCAGAAGCAAGCAAACAGUAAAAAAAUAACCAAUGUUUUGUUGAGUAAACUUGAUUCUGACAAUGAUGAUGCAGUGAGAGGUUUGGGAAUGAACAACCUGCCCUCUAAUUAUACAGCCCGGAUGAAUCUCACUCAGAUUUUGGAACCUUCCACUGUUUUUCCUAGUGCCAACCCACAAAAUAUGAUUGAUUCCAGCACUUCUGUUUAUGAAUUCCAAACACCAUCUUACCUCACCAAAAGUAAUAGCACCGAUCAGAUCAAUUUUUCUCCUGGAGAUAAUCAAGCACAAUCAGAAAUUGGAGAGCAGCAGUUGGAUUUCAAUAGCACUGUUAAAGACCUGUUGAGUGGAGACAGCUUGCAAACCAACCAGCAGCUGGUAGGUCAGGUAGCAUCUGAUCUCACAAAUACUGCAUCUGAUUUCUCUAGUGAUAUCAGGUUGUCUUCUGAGCUCUCAGGCAGCAUCAAUGAUUUGAAUACUUUAGACCCAAAUCUACUGUUUGAUCCAGGUCGUCAGCAGGGACAAGAUGAUGAAGCUACACUGGAAGAAUUAAAGAACGACCCAUUAUUUCAACAAAUUUGCAGUGAAUCCAUGAAUUCUAUGACUUCGUCAGGUUUUGAAUGGAUAGAAAGCAAGGACCAUCCUACUGUUGAAAUGUUGGGUUAAAUUGUGUUUUAUAAUAUGUAGCACACUGUAUCUAAAGACAUAUGUAUUGUAUUUGUCUUAAUGGAAGUGCCUCCCGCAGCAGAAAUACUAUUAAUUGUGACAUUUUAAAAGCGUUUGCUGCAGAAGUGGUUUCUUCAGUAGGAAAUGGUUAGACUUGCCUCAGUUCUUAACAAGUGUCUAAAGACAGUAGGCUGUAGAAGAACAAGUAUUAGGUUUUAAAUUUUAUAAUAUGCCCCAUUUAUUCACAUUGAUUGACUAUCCAGCUGUUACAAGAGCAGUCAAUGUUUAUUUUGUAUAAGUUAGUUUCAUUUCAUCAGAUGAUCUGCACAGAACUCAGAAUAAACCAUCAAUUUUAGGUAUAGGCUAUUUUGUUGUUGGCAUUAUCUUUUAGAUAUAAAAUCAUAGCUAAGGUGAACUGUAGACAAGAAAGUCUUCCUUGAAACAGGGAUAAUAUUCAGGUUAUUAUAAAAUAUUUAGGCUUGAAGCAUAGAGCUACUGUAGGAUGAAAAAUCUCUGUAGGACUUUCUGGGGCUUCAGUACCAUUUACACCCACGAUGAAGGGCUUAAAUAGAAAAUAAUGGAAAAUUAAAUAUUACUUUAAGGAAAGCAAAGCUGCACUAAAAUUUUUAAGAGAAAAAAACAAGUAGCCAUUUAUAUUUGUGACCUUGCAUUAUUUUUAAAUGUUGAUUUUAAUAUGGAGCUAGCACACAUAGAUGCGCAGGCACGCACACACAAAACAAGUAAAUGUAACUCCAGGCAUUUGUAAUUUAAUAUAAUAAAUACAAGCAUGUUAGAAAAAUGCUUUAUGUUUUAUUAUUUGUUAGGGGAAUGAGAAGGAGAACAAAAGCAUUCUCUUAGUUUCAUCACAAUGGCUGCAUGUACAUACUGAGAUUCUAAUUGAGAUUUACUUUGAAAUUUUUCGUUAAAAUAUUCCACCAUAAUCAGUUUUUUUCCUCUUCAACUGAGUGACUCCCUCACUCCUGAAUAUAGUAACGUAGUUUGAUCAUAGGAUCCCUUUGAAAAACAGGAAGGAGGAUAACAUAAAAAACAACAAAAAACAUUUCACCACCUAAGGUCUGAAGCCACAAAUCUUUAUAUCUCUGAUGAAACAAAGGGGAUAUCAACAGUACUUGAAGAAGAGGAGCAUUUUAUUACUUGUUUAAUUUAUUUAUUGUGAUAACCGCAAUUGCAAAAUAAGAACUCAGGAUUUGUUUUAAAAUGUUUCUCUCUAUGGCUCCCAUUUUGUUUUGUGAAUAAUUAUUUAUGAGUUGCAUGUUGACACAAACCUACUCACUGGUUGAAAGCUCCAUUUAAGUGAGUUUCAAGAUCACUUUCAAAGAGAUUGUUAAAUUGCCAUUGUUUUUAAAGCUAACAUAAAACCAUUUGCUAUGCUACCUUGAACCUAGCUAAGCUUUCCUUUCCCUUAGUAAGCCAAUCAGAAGACUACAAUCAAUGAAUAUUUAGCAAAUGUGCUGAAGGGUUUAAUAAGGUUUUGUUGUUCAAUAAAUUUGCAAGGUAGGGUAUUAACAUAUUUUGAUAAAAAAUGGUGCUAGAGUUGGCGCAGAGGUUUAUAUAUUGGUAUGUCUUAGUUACUGGCAUUUGUGUGUGUUCGUUUGCUGUUAUCUUGAUUUCAUGAUUUAUUAGGUAUUUUUUUCUUGAUGCUAGUUAUUUCUUCACUGUACAUUGAGACACAGCACUACUGCACACCAAAGUAUGCAAUACCCAAAGGAAACUGUGUGAUUUCUUCUAACAAAUGAUGGGAGCCUUUCUUUAUGAGAUACUCUGAAAAGGAGAUUUUGAGGCCAUUCUAAUCCCUUGUUUACAUUAUUAGCUUCCUACUAAUAUAAAAAUAAUGGAAAUCUUCUUUGAUAAAAAUAUUAAGACUGGAGGAUUUUUAACCCCUUGUACAGUAUUGCAGCAAACUCUUUAAAUUUGGUUGAAUUCGUCCAGCAAACUUUCUGGGGUUCAUAUAUUGCACUAAAUUUGUUGAACCUGUGGUAGGCACAUCUCUUAGGAUAAAUGCAACCAAUACAGUCCACAGAUUAAACUUUUUAAAUGUGUUUCAUUAUGAAAAGACAAAAUGUCAUCAAAGUGACAGAUAAAAUUGUCUUAUGUAGCAAUGUGCAUUGAUCUCAAUGAGAUAUUUCUAUUAUUCUCUUACAUGAGAAUAUUACAGCAGGAAGAAUUAAGUUUAGUUUGCUUCACCAUGUUAAUACAUGAUCACAAAAUGUGCAUGAGUGUUACUGACUUAUCUUGUACAGUACUAGGAUUCCUGUAACCACUCUUUUUUUUCUUCGCUGUAUUGAAACUGGUUCAGUGUUAACCAGACAUAGUUAUUCACAGGUUAUUUACUUUAUGUUUACUAAUUCUGCUUAGUUAUUGUUGAAUAUGUUCUGUUCCAGAUUAUUUUUAUUGUUUUGAUGUUUGAAACAUUUUGCAUACUGUUUAUCAUAAGACUUCAUGAAGUAAAUAAUUUUGCAUAUAAUUGCAAUAAGCACUGACUUUUGAACUGAAAAGAAGGAAAGUGUUUUUUGUGCAGUGCAUCUGAGGUUCAUAUAAUAGUCUUGUACUAUAAUGUGCUUUACUACAUGAUAAAUGACAAAAACAAGCCCUGUUUCAUGUUUCAUUUAGUGCAAAAAGUCAGAUUUCCCCAGUGUUUUGUUGUCUGUUGUACCUGCUGAAACUACAGUAGUUGAAUAUUGCGGUAGCAUUUCAGUUCUCUUUUUUUAUUAAAAGUGCUCAAAAAUUGUUUUUUAAAUGUUUUCAAAAACAAUUAAAAACAUUUUAUAUUAAACUGA